AGCAGCGGCGUCGUGUGGCCUUGGUUGCUUCGGAAUCUCACCACCCAACCCGUUCGGAUUAGAUAGCCCGCUUCCUCCUCUCUCUCUCAGCUCACCACACCUCGAGUCGCCGCCGCCGCCGCCGCUGCUGCUGCUUACCUCCUCCGCGCCGCGCACUCCUUGCACUAGCCCAUGGCGACGGCUAUGAUGGCUGCGACCGCCACCUCGUGCUCCCCUCGCCGCGCGCCGGUCGUCGCGUCGUCGUCCGUGCAGCCGCCCAGGCGGCAGCAGCAGCAGCAACCGCGGAGGGGAUUGAAGCAGCUGCCGGGGCUCGUGGCGACGGCGGCCGUGGCCGUGGCCGCGGCGCCGCUACCGGCGCUGGCGGAGCAGAUGGAGAAGGCGGCGCUGUUCGACUUCAACCUGACGCUCCCGCUGAUCGCGACCGAGUUCCUGCUGCUGAUGGUGGCGCUGGACAAGCUCUACUUCACGCCGCUGGGCAAGUUCAUGGACGAGCGCGACGCCAAGAUCCGUGCCGAGCUCGGCGGCGUCAAGGACGCGUCCGAGGAGGUGCGGCAGCUGGAGGAGCAGGCCGCCGCCGUGCUGAAGGCGGCACGCGCCGAGAUCGCCGCGGCGCUCAACAAGAUGAAGAAGGAGACCACCCAGGAGCUGGAGGCGAAGCUGGACGAGGGGCGCCGCCGCGUCGAGGCCGAGCUCGUGGAGGCGCUCGCCAACCUCGAGGCGCAGAAGGAGGAGGCCGUCAAGGCGCUCGACGCCCAGAUCGCCUCCCUCAGCGACGAGAUCGUCAAGAAGGUGCUCCCAUCCGCGUAAUGGCCGCCCCGCCGCCGGCCGUUCUUGCCUCCCAAACACCAACCAUCUCUCGUAAAGAUUUUCUCCGUGUUUUAUCCGUGUGUAUACGCUGCUUCUCCUAAGAAUGUAAUUUCAGUGAACUUCUCGUGAUAAGUAUAAAAUCAAUGAUCCUUUUGCUAGAAAUUGGAUUGAAAUUAUAAACUGCUUUAAUAA